GCAAUACACCUCUGUGCAGUCUUGUAUACGUCUCUCCACUCUCUGAAAUCAAUAUGCUGUCAGCCAUUCUAGUUUAAUAGUUGAAAGCUGAUAGGCCUAUCUUACAGAAGCAAUUCGAUGAUGUUUUCAUGGUUAUGAUGAGGUGAAACAUUAUAUAAACCAGGAGGUUAUUUUAAACAAGGGAAACUUGUGAACCCGUCUGCAAAACUAAAAUAGCAGAGCCCAGACAGAACUGCAAACACUUCACCAGGACUUGGUUCAAUCAAAAGUUAAUUUUUUAUUCAGUGUUCCAGUAUAGUGAAGGAUCCCGAAACAAUCACGAUGACGACGAACAUUUCAACAGAAGCUAUGAUGACAACACUGACGACAAUGGAAGCUGAAGGCGAAGUCAUCUUCAAUUUCACAGGCCUUUGGAUCUCGAUCGGAGUUCUUGGAUUCUUCGUCGUCGUCGUCGUCCUCUACGGCCUUAUCAUCGCUGCGUCUGGUAAAUUAAAACUCCCGCAGAGAGCCGAAGACAAGGAGCCACUCUCCCCGGACCAUCGCGACAACGACGUCGAAAACGGUAACAAGAAAACAUCACUGAGAACCACAGCGGGGGCAAAGGGCAGCCAAGAAGCGGAGAACGCAAUGGUUGCCGAUGAGCCACCAUCGUAUGACAAAGCAGUGCUUGGUGCAUCGUCGGGCCAGGAGGCAGCAACAAACACGGACAAUAGAAAGCUUGUUGAUGGCACAGACGUCACGGUAGAAGUUUACGAACAGAAAGUUGAUACUGCCGACGAAAUGGCAUAAGGGUUUAUUCUAACAACUGAAACUGAAAUAAAUUAGGCCGAUUUGCAAAUCAAUUAAUUAAUCGUUGAAGCGAUCAGAUAAUCAUACUGAACAGAGUCAUGUAAUGAUAAUUUAAGAAAAAAAAAUCAUAUUUUGUUAUGAUAUGCCUCCAUUUAUAGAUGAGGACAACGUAUUUAGCAACAUCGGAGAUGUCGUAUUCUCUAAAGAUAUUGCAUAAUCAUCACGUGCAAGUCAAAAUAAUUCUAGUUUGUUUUGGGAGUUCUGUUUUGAAUUAAUACUGCUGCUAUGUCAUAUGCACAGGUGACAUAGUAACGAUGUACAUAAUCAUAUUAUAAAGGGCUGCCACGUGACAUUGGGCCUGUAUGUCAUUAAAACUGGCAAUUAUGAUAAUGUCACGUCAUUAUGGUAACUAUCAGGGCUCAGCAAUCAGAAUAGGGGUUUCCCAAAUUAUCACAAUCAUUUUUUAUGAAUUGGGUCCUGAACCUCAUCAUAUAUAUAUAUAU